UUAAAGUUUGUUUAAGUAAAUAUAUUGCAAAAUACAUUAGUGCCAAUUGUAUUUUUUAAAAGCUUUUGCUUAAUUAAAGAAAAAAUAUUAAAAAAAAUUUAAUAAAUAAAAUCAUCAAUUGCAACUUUAUAUUCAACACUAUGCUUCAACAAUUAUUAAACAAAAUGGGUCUGCAGCAGCAAAAAUUCUAUAUGGUUCUGUGUAUCUUAGCCAUUUUAACAGAUUCACUGGCACGUGCACAAGUCAAUGUGGAACCCAAUACAGCUGUAUUAAAUGAAGGUGAUCCCACAGAAUUGUUGUGUCGUUUUGCUCAUCAUACAAUAACGUAUUGUCGAAUUGAAAUACCCGGUGAACCGAAAGUUUUUAAUUUAUCUCCUGAUUGGAAUAAAACUCCUGGUUUUACGUACUUUGGCAAAGGUUUGCAGGCUGGCGAGUGUGGUGUUAGCAUACAACGUGUAAAGGCUGUCAAUAAUGGCCAGGUUAAAUGUAAUCUGGGUGUGGAGGGUGAAGAAUUAUCGGGCACUAUUGAUUUGGUGGUGGCAUUGCGUCCCAAACAGCCUUUGGUUGAAUUGAUUACCAAACCCGACCGUGAGGGUUAUUUCAGUGAGGGCAGCACCUUCCAGGCUCGUUGUAUUGUGCCCGAUGGCCGUCCAGCUGCCAAUAUUACCUGGUUGAUUGAUAACCAACCUGCCGAUAAGCGUCUUGGUCAAUUGGAGGUUGUAGCUUCGAAUAGUCCCAGUGGCUUGGAAUUGUCUACCACCAUCCAAGAGAUCCAAUGGCAUUUGAGUCCUGAGGAUAAUGGCCGCAAAUUGAUUUGCCGUUCUCAUCAUCAGACAGAUCGUGAAAAUUUACCACCUCAAGAGGGUUCAUUCAAUUUGUUAGUGCGUUAUGCCCCCAUCCGUCAAGAAGAAACUCUCGUUUAUGGCCUAUACCUCGAACACACCGUCACCGUUAACUUGACCAUACGCUCCAAUCCCGCACCCAUUGUCGAGUGGACUGUUGAUGGCAAUGUGAUACGUCAGGGCGAACAAGAUGGUCGUUUCUCUGUUUUUGAACCUGUCUACUUGGGACAAGACAUGUACAAUGUAACAUUAAUCAUUGCCGGUUUGACCCUGGAAGACACCAUGAAGACAUACAAUUUGAGAGCAUCGAAUGCAUUAGGCUCAACAGACUAUACCGUACGCAUUAGUUCAUCGGCCACACCACCAGCAACUGGUUUGGAAAUUGGUGCUAUUGUUGGCAUUGUUGUAGCGGUGGCAAUACUUGUCUUAAUCGUACUCUUGGUAUUGUUUGCACGUGCCACUGGUAGAUGGUGUUUUGGAGGAGCCACCCUUAACACCGACAUUGGACCCGACUCUGAAGCCCAAAUUAAUCCCCAACACAAUGAUGAUUUCGAUGGCAGAGAGUUCAAUAAUGGUGAGGAACACAUUGACACCACACACCAAACAGAAGAACCCACACCUCCUGUCACCGAUAAACUAGAGACCCAAAAGAAGGCUGAUCUCAAAAAUAAUGGCUCAAAGACCACAACAACGACAACUGCCACUAAUGGUAAUGGACAUGCUGCAGACAACAAAACAAAUACAUCGGUCUAACAUGUUUUUCCACUACAAUUAAACAACUAAUAUAACAGAAACAAAAAAUUAACAAUUUUUUUAUAAUUAAAUUUAGAGACAUUAUGACAGACAACGAUAUUUUUUUAUAUAAAAAAAAACAAACUCAUUUUUAAACAAAAUUUAAAUCUUCCUAAAAUUAAAGCCUUAAUAAAUAAACUAUUAAAGAGCAAGACAGCUAGCAAAAGUAAUUUGUUUAAAAAUAUUAAAUUAAAUAACAAAUUUUCUUUUGUUUGAUGUAACUAAUAGAGUUUUUAUAUAUUAAGGCUAAAAAUAAUUUAAUUUAUUGCCUGGAAUUGUAUUGCAAACCAUGACAAUUUGUACACACUUAGAUUUUCCAUAUAUAUAUUUUUUUUAUAACCCAGUUUAGAAACCUUUAAGGAUUUUUUCAAUUAGAUUUUUAAGUAAGUUAAACAAAAACAUGAAAUCUCAAACAUUAAGCACAUUUUGAAAAGAGCACAAAUUUUUUUUAUAUAAAAAUCUAAAAAAAAAAACGAAAAAAUAAAAUUAAAAACAACAAUGGUAUAUAAUAAUUUUAUAAUUUUUAACAAAUUAUUGUGAAUGCCCGUAAGAAAUAUUUUAUUAUAUAUAUAUAUAAUUUUUUUUUAUUUUAAUUUGUUUAUAAUUAUAAGCCAAGUAUUGUGUUUAGUAUGAUAUUUUUUAUCUUUAAACUCGAAUAAUUUUCACAAAUCUCCAAUAUAUUACAUAAACCUCAAUAAUAUUGUUAAACCGUCCUAAAUCAUAUAUAUUUUAUCCUCACAUUAAAUUAUGUACUUAAAUUUUACAUAGCAUUUUUUUAAUACAAAUUGAAUUAAAUCAAACAGAAUCUAUCUUUAUAAAUUAUUAUUAUAACCUCAUGUCAAAUGUUUUUUAUACUAUUUAUACUAUAUUUGUAUGUACUAUAUAUGAGAAAAAAAAAUAAAAACAAUUUUUGUCUAUUUACUAUAAAAAUCAAUUAAGCUAAAUAAUAAAUAAACUUUACAACUAAAUUUUAAAAAAUAAAAA